AUGCAAUUGGACACGUUUUACUAUGGAAAAAUUCCAUUAAUUCUCAACGGAACUAAGCAAGAAGUUUUGGACUUUACAGCAACGGAAGUUCAAAUUGAAGCUGCAUUUGAGAUGUUUCGACAAUUUCCAACUAUUGAGUCAUUCACUUUGAUCAUCAACAACACCGACAUCUGCAGCGAUGCAAUUGAGAAAGUCAUCAACCCAAAAACUUAUCUUUUUGACAAACUUGAUGAAUUUAAGCUAAUUGACAAGUCUGGUUUUAGAGGACUUUUUGGGGUGUUCCUGGGAUUUUUUAAAAACUUAAGGAACAUCAAGAAGCUCACAUUUGAUACGCAAGAUAGAAACAUUCUUGUUAUCCUUGAGGAAUGUCUCCCAAAAAUGAGGAACUUGGAGGAAAUUUGUUUGACAUCAAAAUUGCCAAAUUCAGUCAAAAGAUUUGAAAUAAUUAAAAAGUUGGUCAAAGGGUUGAAAAAGUUAACAAUUCCUGCAGAAUUGGUAACAAUUGCUGAGAAGAUUUUUGAUAUUCAAGUCGAAAUUGUGGAAAUUCAACCAUAA